AUGGAGAGUCUAACAUUCCAAAAUUCUUAUAUUAUUUGUGUGAUCUCUGUAGCUGUGAUAUUGGGAUCACUAGCAGAAUGCAGAGUGCAAACUUCUAAAUUGGCCAGCUUUGAUUACCCAGCCAUUAAUUGCAGAAAACACAGUGCAGUUUUGACAGAUUUUGGUGCAGUUGGUGAUGGCAAAACCUCUAACACCAAGGCUUUUAAUUCAGCAAUAUCAAAACUUAGCCAAUAUUCAAAUGAUGGUGGUGCACAACUCAUUGUUCCACCAGGUAAAUGGUUAACAGGAAGCUUCAAUCUCACAAGCCAUUUCACUCUUUUUCUCCAAAAAGACGCUGUCAUUCUCGCAUCUCAGGAUGAAUCCGAAUGGCCUCAACUUCCUAUAUUACCUUCUUAUGGAAGAGGAAGAGAUGCACCUAAAGGAAGAUAUAGUAGUCUCAUUUUCGGAACAAACCUCACCGAUGUUAUAAUAACCGGUAACAAUGGAACAAUUGAUGGACAAGGAUCUUCUUGGUGGAAAAAGUUCAAGUCAGGUGAAUUGAAACUUACUAGGCCAUACAUGAUUGAACUCAUGUACUCUGAUCAAAUACAGAUCUCACAUCUCACUUUGAUUAACUCUCCAACUUGGUUUGUCCAUCCAAUUUAUAGCAGUAACAUAAUUGUAAAUGGACUCACCAUUCUUGCACCAGUGGAUUCUCCAAACACAGAUGGAAUAAAUCCAGAUUCGUCAACGAACGUUAGGAUUGAAGACAACUACAUUGUAUCUGGUGACGAUUGUAUCGCGAUAAAAAGUGGAUGGGAUGAGUACGGAAUCAAAGUCGGAAAGCCAUCUCAACACAUUAUCAUAAGAAGGUUAACAUGUAUAUCGCCCGAUAGUGCUAUGAUUGCGUUAGGGAGUGAAAUGUCUGGCGGAAUCCAAGAUGUAAGAGCUGAAGACAUAACUGCUAUUACAACAGAAUCAGCUGUUAGAAUCAAAUCCGCUAUCGGUAGAGGCGCAUUUGUGAAGGACAUUUUUGUUAAAGGAAUGAAUUUGAACACAAUGAAAUAUGUGUUUUGGAUGACAGGGACUUAUGGAGACCACCCUGAUAAAGGUUUUGAUCCACGGGCACUGCCGAAAGUUAGUGGAAUAAAUUAUAGAGAUGUUACUGCUAAGAAUGUGACAUUUGCAGGUAAACUAGAAGGAAUUUCUAAUGACCCUUUUACUGGAAUAUGUGUUUCUAAUGUGACUAUUGAGAUGAGUGAACAAAGGUCAAAGAAGAAACUUCCAUGGAAUUGUACUGAUGUUGCUGGAGUUUCAAGCAAUGUGAGUCCUCAACCUUGUGAAUUGCUUCCAGUGAAGAAAGAUAAAUUGGAUUGUGCUUAUCCAACUGACAAAUUGCCCAUUGAAAAUGUUCAGUUCAAGUCUUGUUCCUUUAAGAGUAGUGCCUUUUAA